AUGCUCAAGUAGGAGCACAUGUAAACAUUUCAUUAGUGUCCUCUGGACAGUUGUUGAAUCUACAAUCAAUAUAUAAGUUCUUAAAGCUUAAGCUUUCGAGUUUGAUACGUUAUUUUCAAAAAUUGUUGUAUUUGUAAAAAGAACGUUCCUAAACGUCAGUUACAUACAUACACGCAUUAACACGCACGCAUACCGCAUUGAGAGUAAUGACAGAAAAUAUGGAAGAGUGUAAGUCAGAAAAUAUGGCAGACGAUAUGACAAAGGAUGUGACAGAGAUUGUGGCAGACUUUAUGGCAGAUUUUAUGGCAAAGAAUCUGACAGAAGAUAUGGCAGAGUAUAUGGUAUUGGAUGAGGAAGAGGAUAUGGCAGAGGAUGUGGCAGAGGAUGUGGCAGAGGAUGUGGCAGAGGAUGUGGCAGAGGAUGUGGCAGAAGAUGUGAUAGAGGAUGUGGCAGAGGAGGCACAUAACUUACUACUUUCGCGUUUAAAUUAUAACAUUUUUUUCCACCCCAAUCUUUGUCAUGUUUGUAAGUCGGCAGAACAGAACAAGCUGAGACCUUGCAUGAAGUGCAAAAUGAUCUUUUACUGCAGCGAGGAGCACAGGCUGUUGGACGAAAAGAAACAUCAAGAGAUCUGCCAGAUUAUAAAAAAUAUUAUUGAGGAAAAAAACGUGUGGCAGAAUCGUAACAUGGAGCCGCAGAAAUGGUUUGAUUUGAGAUGGUCGAAUAUGAAUGAUUUGCAGCGAAUGGUACAACGUAGAUUGAGGCGCAAUGAAACGGAAAUAUUCUUAAAUGUGAAAUCAUGUUUUAUUUGCCGCGAACAGCAAAAUCUAGUUGAUAUUUGUCACGUCUGCAAAUCUAUCAACAUGUGCGCUAUUCACACAGCCAUUAAUAAAAACCAUAACUGUGAAAUGCGAAAACUUUCUCUUGAAAUAAACAUAUUUACAGCCGGUAGGGAUGAGGAUCAAGUAAUUCCGGCAAAGCUUCUUUAUUUAAAACCAAACAUUCCUGACAUGAAAUCAUUUAUUGAAAAAAGCUUAAAUUAUUCAAAGAGUUCAAAUUCUUGGCCACUUCAAUUUUACGUAUAUAGUGAAAUCUUCGCAAGGCCGUUGACGCUGCUUUACGGGUUGAAGGUUGUAAAUUUAUCACAACUUCUGUCGAUACAUGAUACCUUUGUCAUUCAUGUUAUAAAUGGACACUUCAACCUCUCGAAUAAUUUAUUAGCUUGGGAAAUCAUUUUACACGAAUUUCCUCGCAUCACAAAUCUGAUAAUUAUAAUGAUAAGUUCAACACUCUGGGAUAAUACUAGAGACAUACAGCUUUGUGAUAUUUGCACACGUAAUCGGAAAAGGUUACGGUAUAGAUACGUUUCUAAGGAGUAUCAUGAAUAUAUAGGGACUUCGAUUUAUAUGCGACCAGUUGUGAUUAUAGGAUAUGAUGGGGAAUUGGAUAAUAACAAUACAUCGACAUUAAAUGCACGAGCAAUGCAGCGUGAAUAUUGCCCGGUACUUUUAGCUUCUUCGUCAGUAAUUGAGACACAAAGGAACAUCCUUUAUAUGCAGGAAGUGUUAAACAUACACUUAACACCAAUUUUUAAUAAUAAGAAUAAAUUUCCAUCUCAUAGACCAAUCAGAGAUUAUGUGAAUGACACUGUGUACAUUCCUCAGCUGUAUUUAAUUGUCUAUCAAAACCUGGUUACCACAACAAAUUGAGUAAUACUAGAUGAUAAUUAUUCGGUUACUCUGGUGAUAUAAUUAUAAAUAUACAAGACACAAUGCUUGGACGAAUGGAUUUUUGAGAAUUUUUUAUUUUUUAUUAUUUUAAAGCUGAUUUCGAAAACAUGUUUUGUUUAGUUUUAUUGCUUUCUCCUCGUUCUUUUUUUGAUGUAUUAAAUGUAUUGUGUAUUAAAAUACUAAAUAAAUAUACUAGGUGCGUUUUUAAUACGUUACUAUAUUACCAUAUAUACUAAUAUGUUACUAUAUUACUAUAUAUGUUAAUAUAUGUUAUAUAUGCUUUUAAUAUGUUACUAUAUUACUAUAUAUGUUAAUACUAUUACUGUAUAUUAUUAAAUCAUCCUGCAAACUUUUCCUAUAACUUUAAAUUUAGUUGUAAUGAUAUCGUAAUCUUCUUUGAAAUUUUCUUAAAACCAAAUACGCAUUUGAUAUAUACAAGCUGAAACUUUUUAUAAAAUAAAUAUUUCCGCUCUAAUCGAUAACUUAAGAUAUAAAUUUUGAAAUUUUUUAUUAUUUCUGUUACACAUUAAGCACAAUAAUUCAAUUAGUUUUUGCAUACUUACUCUUAUUAUGUAAAAAAAUUUGUAAUUCUGUGCAGCCAAUGUGAUGUAAACUUUACAGAAAAAGGUCAGUAUCUUUUGGUAAAGUUUUCAAGUAUGGCGUCCCUUAAAACUUUUGUUACGGAUGAAAAAUAAAUAACAUUAACCUUCUGAGAACCGU